AUGCUCGAUGCUCUGCUUCGGCAAGGCCCCCCACAGAUUGUGGCGUUGUCCGAGGUCAAUGUUCCUGAAACGGCUGGCAUCGGCUAUCGCAACCAGUGGAAAGCGCAUGGCCGGCAUGUUGCUCUGAGUGCUCCUGAGGAUCUCGGCAGCCGGGUUGCUUUGGUCAGCGAUUUUCCUUUUCGGCAUGUCCAGCUGUGUAAGGGUCCUGCUUCCACCAGGCACGUGGCGGGACUCUUCAAUUUGCGAUCCCUCCCUGAGGAUGAUUCUUCGCUCCCUGCGAGCUCCCGGAGUGCCACUGAUGAAACCAUCCUGGUGGUGGCCUUUUAUGGCCAGGCCGGCAACGAGCCAGUUGCCCAGACACAAGUGGAUGAGGUUUUGGAGUGUGCGGUUGCCUCGGGUUAUAGGUUUGUGGUUUUGGGCGACUACAACCUUGAGCCUUCCCAAGGCCGCUUAGGAUCGCUAAUUUCGCAAGGCACCGUGCUUGCUGGUGAUGAAUGUGCGCGUGGCCGGCCCCUUCCUGCCACGGGCCCGGUCAAUGCCCAAGGAGUGCGCUCUCGUCGCAUUGAUUUUGCUGUUAAUCAUCGUGACUUGCCUGCGGUUUCUGUGGAUCACUUUACGUGCGAUUUUUCGGACCACUUGGGGGUACACUACUCGUAUGCCCUUGAUGCUCCUUGUCCCUUGGUUGGGCCCCAGCGAUGUAAGCCUCGUGAUGAUCUCCAGUCUUCUGACUUGGAGUCCAGAUGUGCUCAAAUUGAUGCUGGACCCUUUGCGAGCGCCUUGGAACAGAAUGAUUUGGACGGGGCUUGGCGCUUCUUGUCGGACACCGCCGAGCUUCUGCUGUGUGAGCCGUGCUCUGCAGAGUGCGUUCCUCGCGCGUCUUCCUGGGAGCCUGUCGCCCACAGUGCGGCGGGACGGGCUGGCAAGCAGCUUGUGAAGUCGGAGGGCCUGCGCCUUUUGCUGCGACUCCGUGCGAGGCUUCAGGUUCUUUCCCACCGGACGAACGAUGCUUUGCUGGUGGCGCGAAUCAGGCGCUCACUCCGGUCCACGCGCUUGAAGGUGCCCAGCCUGCCUUAUGCCCGUGAUGGCGAUGAGCUCUCUCUUCUCCCACAUGUUGCACAGCUCAUUGAGACUUUCAUGCAGCAGGAGGAGGAGGCAAGAAAGCAGAUGUGGCGCACCAGGACGCGUGCUGACCUGCCUCGUGCCCGGUCUUUUGUGAAGCGGCGCGCUGAUGAGCAGCUUGCUUGGGAGCGUCAGCUUCCGGAUGUUGCCAGUCCGGGCGACCCUGCACAUCCGGCGGUCGCGGUUGCAGCUGUGGCAAAGGACCUGCGGGCGAAGCUCUGUCCCGCGUCCUUUAGGGCGGUUGACAUGCAGGCCAUGCGUGAUCUGUUGCGGCCCCUGCCGCGCCCCGCAAGCUCGGAGGUCGUGCCUAACAUCACGCCAGAGGCUCUCCGACGCUCAAUGCAGUCCAUGAGGCACCGUGCUGCCGGGCCGGAUGCGUGGAAACCUGGACUGCUAUGUUCCAUGCCUGAUCUUUGGUGGGUGUGGACCUCCCAGCUGUGGAAUCGGUGCCUUGCUUGUUGUGACGUCCCCGCCCAGUGGGCACAGGCACGUGUGGUGAUGAUUAAGAAAAUCAAGGGGGGCUUCAGGCCGUUAACCAUCUCUCAAGCUGUCUGGCGUGCGGGAGCAAGGAUUUUGAAUGCCCAACUCUCCGACUGGAUAGGUUCUUGGAGCUCUCCGUCGGAUGCCGGUGGCAUCCCGGGCACGUCGGUGUCGGGUGCCCUGCUUCAGCUGAAUGCUGCAAUGCGCGGUGGCGCUAACGUUGCGGUUCAACAGGACAUUGCGGGGUUCUUUGAUGCCAUCCAGUUUGAAGCCCUAGAGGUCCUCCUUUCUCAUUUGAAAGCGCCGCCUUUUCUUUGGCCGCUGCUGAAGGCCUUUUACACGCGAGCUUCGCGCAUCGUCCAACUUGAUGGCCUGGUCUACCUGGACGACCGGUCCUUCUGGACUUUCUCUGCGGAUCUUGGCGACCUGGAGCAUGCGAUUCGGCGCUCCGACCGAUUCGAUGCCACUUGUGGUCUUGAAAUUUCCCUGCCAAAGUGUGCGAUCGUGGCGCCGGAGGGUCAUGUCGAGGCCUCUGCUCUGGCUGCCCGAUUCAACUAUCAGUUUUCGCAAACCCUUGAAGUCUUAGGUGUCACUGUUUCCUUUAAUGAUGAAUGGGGCUUGCUGAAAUUUUCCUUGAGAAAAGCUUUGCUGCGCAUGGACCUUUUGCGCUGGGUGACCGCUUGCAGUCGACUGCGGGCCCUCAUGCUGAAAUCACUUGUUUACCCGUGCUUGGUGUGGGCCGCUGCCUAUGCCACGCCACUGGCAGGCGAGAUGAAGCAAGUUAGAGAUGCUGCGAUUCGUGUUUUUGACUGUCAAUUUUCCUUUGAAGCCCCGCGUGUCCUGAUCUUCGAACAUGUGGGGUGGAUGCUGGAGCCACAGUGCGCUGCUGACUCUGCUGUGCUCCGCGAGGCCUGGCGCCUCCUCUGCAAGCCUCCGGCCUUUGCUCUGGAGCAGCCGCGUGAUGCCCGGGGCCAGCGCUGGGAUCAGCUGUUGCCUGCUGUGCAGGUCGGAUGGGAGAGCUUUGCUGAGGUUAAGGGCUGGCUGUUUGACCAUUACCGGCACCUUUACAUGCAGAGAUGCCAGCGCGUCUGGCGGAGCUUUCAUAGGCCGGACCCGAGCCUUGCACGCGGCCUGGAUCUGGCACCUCCGUCGCGGGAUGCGCGCUUCAGCUUUCGUGGGCACCGCGUUGCCAUGCAUGAGGCGACCACUCCUUAUAUGAGACGGGCUGCUGCUGUCACGGGAGGCUCGUGCUGGUUCUUUACGGCCGGGCAGGGUUUGAACGAGCAGCAUAGGCGCAUGCAGUGCCUCUGCGGAGCGACUGCUCCGUCGCGACCGCAUGUGACCUGGGUUUGCGAGUGCACCGAGGCGCUCCGGCGGGAUCACCCCCCUCCGACGAAUCGGGCGGAGGAGCGCAUGUUUGCCAAGUCGACUCCCUUGAAACCUCCGGCGCCUGCCGCCUCUGACUGUGGGGCUUUUCGGGCGGACUUGGAUGCUGCUUUCCGUGCUGCCCUCGGCUCUGGCAGGAGCAGGAUUUAUGCGGCUACUGAUGGCUCCAGCCAUCGAUCUGUCGGUGCUUAUGCGGUGGUGAUCGGCGAUCCGUCUUGUGUCUAUGCCAUGGGCACUGGGGCAGAGGAUCAAUCCCCGUAUCGGCAGGAAGUUCUGGCCCUCCACGCGGCCUUUGCUUCGGUCCACCGGGUGUGGAGUGAGGGCUGCGAGACGUGCAUUUUCAUCUUGACCGACUGCAAAGCUGCCCUGACGGCCAUCUCGGGCCAUGGUGAUGAUCCCUUUAAGUUGGGCCUCUUGCUGAGGGACGCGCGCCGUCUCUGGAAGGAACUGGUGAGGCGCGGCUGUGCUAUCUCCUUGAUUUGGGUGCCGUCACACAAUAAGCACCCCCGCUGGCGGCCUUCGCCGGAUCACGAUGCGGAUGUGCUCCGCGCCUUUAACCAUGCUGCAGAUCAGGCGGCGGGCAAUUGCAUGCAAAACAGGCUCUUGGGCUCUCUCCGGGAGCGAUGGCAUCAACAGUGUGAGCAGGCUCGGGAUUGGGAGCUGGCUACCGUCAGACUUGCGGCAGCUGCUGCCGAGAAGCUGGACAAACAUGUGAAAAGUGUUCCCCUUGAUGAUGCUGAGCCCGCAGGGGCUGGGUACAUGUCAGACGGACUGCGGCUUCCUGACUUCCCUCCCAUUCAACGUGUGGCGAAGGCUCUCAAUGACCUCGGACAGCAGCUGAGCGGUCUUCUCGAAGUCGCUCAGCCCCCAGACCACCGGAAAUUCUGGAGUUUCGGGCUCAAGUGGGGCCUUGAUUGUGGGUUCUACCUACACUUAUGGCGAUCUUUGAAGCGAAUGAAUUGUGCUUUGAGUGAUGGUGCUUCUUUGUCGGGAAAAGAAGUGAUUGGGAAAGAAAAGAGCUGUUUCGGCAGCUGGGGCAAAGCGUCUGGCAAUGACCGAGAUGCGCAACCGAGGGUGGCUCAGCGCCUGCAGAUGCUGAGCGCUUUCAUUGUUCGAGCACGUGAUUUUCAGCUUCAGCUGUUCCAGAAGGAUUUUGAUUUCUUGGCUCAACGUGGUGUGCCGAGAACCAUGGUGUGGAGUGCAGUUGGGCCUUGGGGGCUCCGACUAGGGGCUUCGGAGAUGGAGUGCUCUGAUGGCACGUGUGUGAGCGGCAACCCGCUUGCUGCUGCAACCUCUUGGUCCUCGGGGAUGGAUCACGGGAUUGCUGGGGAUGAAUGCCCUGCUCAGGGGCUACCUUUGGCGAGUGAGCCUUGUGCGCAUGCUUCCGACACGCAGGCAAGUGCAACUUUUUGGCUUCACAUGAUUGAGGACACUUUCUCUGAGGAGUUUCUUUACUACGUGCCGCAGGCAAGUGCAGCAUUUGGGCUUCACUUGAUUGAGGACACUUUCUCCGAGGAAUUUCUUUACUACGCGCCGCAGCAGCAGCUUCUUCCCUCAGCGGCUGGUCUGGACCUUGGUGCUGGGCUGUGUGGGACGUCGCCUUGCGCUGCUGAGAGCCCUGUGUGUGACAUUCAAGAAAUCAACAAGACCCGUGAAAGGGCAAAGACGAAGAGCCUUUAUGGCCGUGUUCUUAGUAUUCUGUGGGAGCUCAGCACUAUCAAGACCCGCGAAAGGGCUAAGAGUGAGACUGAUACCGGGCCUCUGUGCUGCUGCCAUGGCCUGGGCUCGCUGGCGGCUGGCGACGGUGGCGGCCAGUUCUUCAUCGCGCAGGGCAAGGACACUGGGGCCGACGAUGCGGUGGGUGCAAUCCGGAUUUGGAGUUUUUGUCAGGAGGAGGUGGGGACCGUGCUGAGUGUGGUGGUGAUUGCCUUCAACAGGGUUUCCCUUCGCCCCUUCGGUUUAGACACCCUCCUGUAUGCUCUGGUGCGAUGCACAACUGCGAUUGUGGACUGCGGCCUGCUGAUGGGCAGCCUCUUCCGAGGCAGGGUGGUGACGGGCAAGUGCAAGGGAUCUCGGGUCAGGUUUGGAGGCGGCAACCCGUUUGAGGGCAUGAUGGCCAGCAUCACGGAACAGCUUAUGCCCAUGAUCACUGCGCUCAUUCAGAAAGCUGUGCAGGAAGCCAUUGCAAAUGCAAUGGGAGGUGCCCCGGCAACCCCUCCCCGUGUUGUGCUGCAGGAGCCGGACUUGGAGCGAGGGCCCAAGCGCCAUAAGCCUGACCCUAACCCCAGCAACAAGCGAAAAAACCAUGAGUCGAGCCGUCAUCCUUCGUCUCGUGAGCCGGGCGAGGGCAAAGCAGCUGGUGGCAGAGGUGGUCAGCCUGUUGCUGCAAAGGGCUCGGCCAAGGGUGCUGCUAAAGGCAGUGCAGAGGCGGCCCCACCCAAGUCUGGACCUAAGGGCAAAGGGCAGGGCGACCGGCCUCCUCGUGAUGCUGAGGGCUGGACCAAGGUUCAGCGUGCUCCCCCGCAGGGCCCCUUCCAGCUCCGAAGGCAGGAUUGGAGCGCGCAGUUGUUGUCGCAGGAUGGCAUUGCCAAAGCAUUGGACGAACUUAAACCGGGUUCUACUCUGGAAGCUGUCAUUCUUGUUGAGCCCUCGGCGCUGCCGAGAAUUCGCACCAUGCUUGCAGGCACCAGCAAAUCCCAUAAAAUCACCCUUGUUACCUUGGACGCGAAUGGUCCUCACAAGGUCCCGGGAAGUGUGGGUGAUCUCCUACGUUUUCGACGAGCCUCGAUUGCACAUUGCAAAUCUGACCCUGCUGAUGGUGGUGUCCCUUGCUUUGCGGGGCACAAGGCCAAGGCCAUUAAAGUUGUUCCUGCGUCCACUUCGGUCGUCUACUUUAAGGUGCCUGAGAUGUACAUGACGCCUGAUAAAUUCAAGCAUUGGAAGAACAACCCGAGUCGUGCUGCUUCUUCUUGGGCAAGCUCUCACCAAAUCACUUUGAGUGACACGUGGGGUUGGGUCGAGGAGCAGCAGGCUGGCAAGCAAGGACUGCAGUUGUUUGGCAUUGCUCGCCUCCUGGACUCCGAGUUGUCUUCUCUCGUUGCUGUCAGUGGCCGGGAUGGAGUUUUUGUUGAUGUGCCGCGCGGCAAGCUUGUCUCCACUGUGCAGUGGCUUGCUGUUACCAAGGGGGCUGUCCCGCGUGUUUGGAAUUUCCCUCAUGUGCCGGCUAGCUGGGGACAGAAGGAAGUGCUGCAGGUGCUGGACCAAUCCUUCAAGGAUGUGGCUUUGAUUCAGCAUAAGCGCACUGGCGCUGAGUACUUGUAUCGCUUCAGAGCUACGCUUAAACACGGCGAUCUUGAUCUGGUUCCUUUGAGUGCUAUCGUCGAGAGCGAGCCGGGGAAGGACAAUGAAAUCACGCUGUGGGCUACGGUUGCACCCUAUAAGCCUAAGCAAGCUAAGCAGCGACCUCUGCGAUGUGCGCCGACUCCCUGUCUUGCCAAGGAGAAGCCUGCAUUGGAGCCCCAAUCCGUUAAAAUUCAGGUCCCCGCUGAACUGGAUGAUGACGGUAAGGAGGUGUCCCCUGCCAAACAUGUUGCGGCUUCGCAUCGGCAAAUCCCCUCGGGGUGUGAUCUCAUUGAGACUCCGAAAGACGGAGCCUGUUUGUUUCACGCCAUAGCGCGUGGCCUCCACUGGCUUUCGGGCCCUAAGAAAACUGAGCACUCCCACAGGGACUUGAGGGCGCGCUGUGUAGAGCACUUACGAAAAUAUGCUUCGCAAUAUAUAGGGGAAUGGGACGGCCACGGGCCGGCUCUACAAAAAUUGCGCGAAAAUGCCGCAUCUCCGGAGGACGCCUUUGAGGAAUACCUCAAGUUAAUUGCUUCGGAAUCUGCAUACGCCUCUACCAUCGAGCUGAAGGCUCUCGGACGUUUAUUUGAUUGCCACAUCCUUGUGAUCCCACGCGAUGGGAAUUUUAGUGCGAUGUCGUUUCAUGCGCAGCAGCGCAAAAGGAGGCUGGUGUUAUGGUACACGCCUCGGCACAUCGAGCUUCUUUUGCCAGCUAAGGAUGCUAAAGACUACCCAGAGGAGGUUUUCUCCGUUACGAGUGGUGCUGUCGUUGACCUGAGGGCUGGAGGGGAUGAUGUUUCCCAGUGCUCUGGUACUGUUUGGACUGCUUGCGCCCGAUCAAACCGAUCCAAGGCCAGCCGAUCAUCCUCUGUGAAGGCGGGCACUGUGUGGACUGUCACCAACGCGUCGAGCAGAAAGACCGCUUCUUCUCUUAAGCGCGCUCGCGGUGCUGCUGCGACGGUCUGGUCCCGAGCCGUCUCCUCUGGUGCUUCCGUGCAUUCUCAAAUGCCUGCCUUGCCGGAGUGCGACGAUGAUGAUGCCCCGCAACCUGAGCGGUUGCAUCAUGCCAGCCGGGCCCUGCCUCAAUCUGCCCUUGUGAUGGCCCGUCGUAAUCGCGGCCGAGCCUUCCCUGAUGGAGUUGCUAAAUGCAGGCUUUGUCCCUUUCGCCGCAAGUGUGCUGAUCCUGUGAAGGCCUAUGCGGCCUAUCAGCGGCACUUCUUGGAUUCGCAUCCGGGGGAGAAGCUUGGGCUCGCUCCUGCCCGCAAGGCUUCCUGUGUUCGUGACCUCGCUGAUGGCGAGGGGGCGUACUGGAGAUGCAAACGGUGCCAGGCAGGCAUCUCUACUGCUGAUGCGGCCCGCUUUGGCAAGGACUCUCUGUGCCGCUUUCGCCGGGAGCAUAAAACACAGGCCCACCCGCGCGUCUCUUGGGCUGUGUGGAACAAGGAAGCGAAAUCACACUCGGCCACCAAAUGGGCCUCAAAGAUCAGUGUCACUCGCAACAAUGCCCAGAAGGCUAAGCUCCUGCCGGUGCUGCGCGAGCUGGAGGCUCAGGACUUUGAUGCCUUCGGGUGGCCGCGCCAGGCUGGGAAGGACACCAAUACUGUUGAUAAGUAUCCCUUGCGCAUAUGCCCGGCUUGGGUGUGCCGCAAAUGCCGAGCGCCGUGCCCCUCUGCAGAGAUCGCUAGGAAACAUCGGUCGGUCAAGGGACAGUGCCCUUCUCGCACUGCUAAGGCGAGGGCGUGGAUUCGGUUGCGCUCCCUUGCUGCCAAUAAGAAGCUUCAUGAUGCUGCUCCUGCCUCUGUUCGCAAAGAGCAAGGCGAGCUCGCCUUCGCUGCUGCUGAAAAGGCCUUGCGAGCCCCCAUGUCGUCGGUGUGA